AUGUUCAAUAAAGUGAAUUGCACCAGUGGUACCAACGUCUGGAUUCCGCUCCUUAACAUGGUAGUUUCAUUUGUCGGUUUAUUUUCUGUACGAGCAUUAAAUCUUCAUUGGCCAGCAUUUAUACACUUUUUGGGUCUUUGUAUUAUAUCGGUUUUACUCAUGGUUACUAUAGCAUAUUUUGGAAUAGAAUCUGCGCAGUGGUUUCAAUGCAGUACAUUCAGUGUUAGUCAAUGGGCUAAAAACUUUUCAUGGAUUGAUCUCAGUUUAUGCGUUAUUGCCGGUGUCAACGGUAUGCUUUUGAGAAUUAUUAAUACACUUUCAAUAAUAUGUCUUUUUUUUUUAUUUACGAUCUAA